AAUAAAAAAUAAAUAACGAAUGCAAUGCAUAGAAAGGGUAACGACGUUCAAUUCACCUCACCACCUUCCUCUCGCCGUUGCCGCCAGUCUCCGUUCCAUUUCUGGCUUCCGCCAAACACUAAUCAGAGAAACGAACUCCUCAUCACCUAAGUUUCCAAUUGAACCAAACCCCACUCUGCACCUAUAGAUGAUGUUUCUUCACCAAAGUGAUUGAUUGAAGCUAGAUAAUGGAUAGAGUUAUGAGGCAGAAGAGAUUUAAAUCUAUAAACAACUGCUCUCACUCUGACUCACAUCAUGAUCAUGAUCAUGCAACAAACAAUAAGUAUAUGAUUAUUCGGCAAUGCUCAAAUAGCAGCAGUAGUAGUAAUAAGAGUUUUAUUCUGUUCUCAGAGCUCUCUCAAGACGAGAUGCUUGCUAUCCUUACUUUGCUUCCUCUUAAGUGUCUGCUUAACUCUGCAAGGUAUGUCUCCAAAUUUUGGGCUACUGCUAUUUCAGCCUAUCUACCUCUUAAACCACCCGGUCUUUACGUUUUUAAGACCAGAUCAACGACAAAUUCUUAUUUCUUGAAUAUUCAAGAUCAUGUCAAUGGACAACCUGAAAGGAUUGCUUUGGGAACACCUUCCAGAAUGGGACAAGUAAUAGCUACUUGUCAUGGCAUAUUACUGCUUUGUACUUUUGCUACACUAACUUUUGCAGUAAACCCCAUCCUUAAGUGCUGCUUUAGAAUUCCAAGUCUACCCACUAAUUCAGGACGGCUCAUUUGUAAUCGAUCUACUAUUGCAUGUGUUCCUCGCACUGCCAAAUUCAAGUUGUUUGUAACAGAUGUACUAAAUGUUUUGGGGGUCAACUGGUAUGUUUUCUACGUCCUAACAAUUGGAGUUGAUAACACCUGGAAAGAGAUAGCUAGAAAAGAAGCUAUCCUUGAGUGUCGUUUUAUUUGGAAACCAGUUUGUAAUGGAGAAAAUGAUGUUUAUUGGAUAACAAGGGAUGGAGUGACUGUGAUGGAUGUUGACAGGGAAAUUAUUAUAGGAGAGUAUCCACUACCACCUCCACGAGUGGAUUCUUCACCGGUUGGGUAUUUUUUAUGGAUGAGAGACCGUCUUUCUUGCAUUGUUUUGGUUAAAGGUAUUAGUAGAAUUAGUAGAACAUAUCAAAUCUAUGCUUUGGAUUUGGAUUUAGGAAAAUGGACUCUUUAUCAUGAGAUGGGACCUUUUGAUUAUGGAGAUACAUGCGGCCACGUACUGGGUUUGAUGUUUCGUUUCUGGAUCAACGACCAAAUUUUCUUUAUAGCACUUACCAGACCACCAGAAAUCCGAAAAUCAUAUUCAGCCGUUACAAAGAGUAUACUUUUUUGUUACAAUGUCAAGACUGGACAACUGACAAAGACUGAUGACACUGUAGUGGGCAGUUUUCAGGCAUUCCUUCAUACCAACACUCUAGUUUCGUUGCCAAGUACUCCAACAUAGCUAGGUUUCCUGCUAAUUAAUUAUUUUAGCAAUGUAUGAUGUAGAAUGUAAUAUCUUGAACCAAUAUUUUAUAUUUUCAUUUUUGA